GGUUGGCCGCGGUCGGGUUACGCUCUCGCCUCUCUGAGUAUGAUUCCACGCAGAAGUGUCACCAACAGUAGCUGAUAAAACAAUAAUCUAGGAACGAGGGUCUGCCAUGGCAGCUGGUGUCAGUCUGCUGAGUGACUUGCCCCACGACACCACUACCACCACCACCGCCGCCGCCGCCAGCAGCAGGGAGCUCUCUGCCCACAUGGAGCCAGUGAGUGUCAGGGUCCCCACCGCCAAGUACACCAAGGUGGGCGAGACCCUGCGGAGCGUGAUCCCGGGACACAUGCAGUGCUCCAUGGCAUGCGGAGGGCGGGCCUGCAAGUAUGAGAACCCAUCCCGCUGGAGCGCCCAGGAGCAAGCCAUCAAGGGCCUCUACUCGUCCUGGAUCACCGAUAAUUUAUUAGCUAUGGCGAGACCUUCAACUGAGAUUAUCGAGAAAUACAACAUCAUUGAGCAGUUUUUGGCGUGUGGCCUGAGGUCUGUCAUUAACCUGCAGCGCCCAGGAGAGCACGCUAGCUGCGGCUACCCGCUGGAGCCGGAGAGUGGGUUCACCUACCGGCCAGAGGUCUUCAUGGAAGCAGGGAUCUAUUUUUACAACUUUGGAUGGAAGGACUACGGCGUGGCGUCUCUAACUACCGUCCUGGACAUGGUGAAGGUGAUGGCAUUUGCCGUGCAGGAGGGGAAGAUGGCCAUCCAUUGCCAUGCCGGGCUCGGAAGAACAGGCGUCCUGCUGGCCUGCUACUUGGUGUUCCGGUUCCGAAUGAGCGCGGACCAGGCCAUCCUGUUUGUGCGUGCCAAGCGGCCCAGCUCGAUCCAGACGCGCGGACAGCUGCUGUGCGUUCGCGAGUUUGCCCAAUUCCUCGCACCCCUGCGCGGCGUGUUCCCGAGCAGCGAGCCUGCCGGCCGCACCCUCACGCUCUCCCAGUACCUGGUGCGCCAGCGCCACCUGCUGCACGGCUACGAAGCGAGGCAGAUGAAGAACGUGCCCAAGAUCGUGCACGUGGUGUGCGGGAUCCUGCUGGCCAUCGCUGAGGGCAGGCAGGCGGCUGGAGGGGGCCUGGACGAGGCGCCCGACUUGGCGGCCGAGGUGGACAAGACCGUGUCCCGGGAGGCCCUGCAGCAGCUGGGGAAGGAGAUGAUGGGGAAGGGCAUCCCCAUGCCCCGGCCCUCCCAGCCAUCCUCCCUCCCCCUGGCCGGCCACAGCCUGCUCCCCGCCCAGCAGGACUCGGAGCUCCUCCGGCGGUGGCAAGGCGCCCCUGGACCUCAGCGCUCGCUGCGCCGCGGCCUGAGCUGCAGCGACUCCGCCCUGCACACGCUGGGCUCAAGGGGCCAGCUGACCGCAUGCCCCCCUAGACCCAUCUCUGAGCCCCUGAACCAGCACUGUGUGUCUCAGAGCAGCCUAGCACCGGAGUUCCCGGGCCCCCAGAACUCCAGGGCCCCGGUAACACCAAAGAGCUGCAACACCCUCACACGCAGGUCUCCCACCGAAGAGACGGAACGCGGGCCUCGCCGCCCAGCCGUUGUGGAGUGGGUGCCGCCCAAAGGGACGCAACGCAGCAGGUCUUUGAGUCCUCGGGGGAGCAGCGCCGUCCUGCUGGCCGCAUCGCAGACAGCAGAGGAGGGUCGUGAAUGCGCUCAGUCAAACCGACAUCAAGGGGCUCCAGCUGGGACUAGCGAUGAACCAGAAAGAGUGGGCAGUGUCGUUCCAUUCCUAAUGCUGCAAAGCGACCUCACCCCCGAAGCCCGCCACGCGCUGGUGCUGAAGGCUCUGGCAGUAGAUCCAGACGAUGAACAUCUCAGGAACUCCAUCUUACUGUGGCAGAUGGAGCUGAACUCCAGAGACGGGGCCUGGGAGAGGCUGCGUCUGCAGUGGGAUCCCCUGCUCCUCUCCGCCCUCAUGUGGUCAUGGCUGGAGCAGCUGAAGGAGCCGGUCCUCACCAGGGAGGAUGUGGAGGUGCUGAUAGCCAACAGCCACAGCCCCCUGGUGGCUCUGGAUGCCAUAGACAAGGACAAGAAACAAACCUUGUUCUGCGUCCUGGACUGUGUUGCACACUUAGCGAAGUCGCCAGACGAGAUCGAAACUGCCGUCCUUCGUCGCACAAUCGGAGCGUUCACACGGUAUACUACAGAUUCAGAGUGUGGAAAGCAGGUUUAUGACACUCUCUCAGAAAUUCUCACCCUGGUUCUGAACGACAUAAGGAGGAAAGCAGCUGGAGAGUUGGAGACGUCAUGCCACUGCACGUAAACACACAAAUGUCACUGCAAACUGCACAUAAACACUAGGAUCAUCUUCACUGCAAACGCACUGCAUGUAAAUGCCCUGAUCGCCCCUCACUGCAAGUGCACUGUGCGUCCUGAUCGUCUCAGAUGCAAACACACCGCACAUACACACCCUGGACGUUAUCUGCAUUGGCUGCAAGUACUCCACCAUACUUUUGAAGAACACUGUCCUGAUGCGAUGUUCCUAAACGCUGCUUUUUUUGUGGUCGUCGCAGUUGAGCUUUAAAAGAAUGUAUUUUAACACGUCUCCUAAUGCACACGUCACAAUGUUUUCAGCAGUUAUUGUUUAUUUAAAAACUACUGCCAUGUGUGUAUGCCAUAUAUGUGCGCACCAGAAGUUCUGUGUAUUUUCCUCCUUAACAAUCAUUCGUACUUAACAUAGCAUUUUGGUAUCUUAUAUUUAUAUUUAUUAUCUUACUGAUAAAACAUUAUUUAUUAAGGCCUGUUUAAUUAUUUUUCUCUUAGUAACAUUUUGCGCAAGUGAAUUGACAGAUCUUCGGAAAAGCGCUGUCUCAUCACAUUAUAUGCCUACAUGUCACUCCUAAAAUACCUCCUCUUUGACCAAAUAAUUUCACUGUGCAAGAUGUCUUUUAUGGAAUAUUUUUUAUGCUAUUUAGAGAAAAACAAAUUGCUAGAACAAAAAUAAAACAAAGACCUAUCCAAGGUUUGCUCUGUUGGCCAUCCUCGGCUAGACAACAAACGUAUGCUAUUUUUUCAUAAUGCACAGUAGCCUAGCUGUGUUUCAGCGUUGUGUUGAUGGACGUACUGAUGCUUCUAAUGGUGUCUUGGUGUGGGUGUGUGGGUGUGCUCAAACGGUCCUGCCUUUGUCUGAUGCCCUCUGCCUCAUGUUAGUGGCAUUGCUUGGAAACAAGCUACUGUU